UUCUUAUCAGAUAUAAAGUAGCUUCUUCGAAAAUUAUUCCACUAAGUUUGAACAGAAGAAAAUGAGAGGAUUACUGAUUUGUCUGGGAGUCGCUUGUACUUUGAGUGUGGCAUGGGCCGCAACGCAUUGCAUGACUGAUGCUGAAUGCGGAAGUGACGAAUGCUGUUUUAAACAUGACGGACCAUAUUUGGUCAGUAAGAAAAAACGCGCCUCUGGAGAUCUCCUUGGCCCUGUCAUGCACAUGUCCAGUGGUGUGUGUGAAAAAUACAAAUUAGAGGGAGAUCACUGUUCCUGGUUAGACACCGCUAACGGUCACUGUGGGUGCCAGACUGGACUGCAAUGCCGCUUUGUAGAAGAUCCCACCAAAGUCCACGAACCGUUUUUAUUGUCUAAGCGUGGAGGUGUACCCGGCACAGUUCAGUGUGCCCAACCCUUAUCCACAACAAUCUUACCAUGAGAACAAUAUGAAUUUAUUAAAGCGAAUAAAAUUUUA